AUGCACAUGGCGACCUUGCUGCAGCCUCGCAUAUGGCGACCAUGGUACGGCCAGCGCGCGUGUGCUCGCCUCAUGAUGGUGCGGUGCUCAAGCUCCGGAAACGAGGAGAAGUAUCGCAUGGCCUUGGUUGAGCAGAAGCGUGCUGCUGUGAUUGAAGGGCAGCGGCUCCGAGCCCAGGCGCAGCAGGUGACGCAGGUCUUUCGUGAGACCGGCGGAAGCACUCAGGGGGCUGCCACCUUGAUGGCUCUUCUCCUCAGGCCGACCAGCCCAUUCCUUCCCAGACUUUUUGGGGGCCUUGCGACAUCGGCUGGUGCGGUUGCUGCAGUACACUGGCUCCUCCACCCCACGGACCCGUUUUGCGUGCUGAGCCUGGGCCUGGGUGCCUUCGUCUAUGUGGCAGUGGUAGGUACCUCGCACAGCAUCGCGUGGUACUGCCUGUUUGCCCCGACAGUCAUGAUUGGUCUGCUUGUCUUUCCACGAAUGCCAGCUUGGUAUGCGGCAUCGCUGGAUCCGCCGCCGAAGGCAGAUCAUCGACGGCGUUACCUCCGCUGA